UUAUCACCCGAGCUGAUUUAGUUUUAAAUAAAACUUUAAAAUGCAAUCCACAGUGUUUCUACUAGUUUUAAUAAAUGUUUUUAUAUUCACCGGCACAAUUGUUAUCCGAACAGAUCCACAAACAGCGCAAAACGAUUUAGAUAGAGACUUUUGGAAUAGAGAUCAUGUUAGGAGAAAACGUUAUCUAGGCUUGAAUAAGAAAUUUAAGUUAAACAAGAGGUACCAAGAAUGUGUAGGACCAGGGGAUGCCAAGGGACAUUGCAAACACUUAACUUUUUGCCCUAUAGAUGUUCUGACAGGUACAAGAAACACUCUGGAGUAUCUUUGCGUAAUUGAAAAAACAUUCGUAGGAGUUUGCUGUCCUGAUGACGUAGCCUUAGGAGGGAUGAUUGGAUCUCAAUUAAUAAUGGAUUUGCCUGCAGGAGGUGAAGACUACGAUAUAAAAGAUAACUUGACAGGUUGUGGGGUGCCUUCAGAAGCCCGAGCAAUUCCGGGAGGUGUAGCCCCCAGAGUACAAGAAUGGCCUUGGUUAGCUGCAUUGUUUCGUCCCCAAGACCUGGCAGAAGGUCUGGAACAACAGUUUUGCGGUGGGGCGGUUAUAACAGAUUUGCACAUCUUAACAGCAGCACAUUGCCUCCAAGGCGUUUCCGCUCAAGAGAUACGUGUAAGAUUAGGCGAAUACGAUUUUUCCAAGUCGAACGAAACUCGAUUUAGGGAUCACGCCGUCGCUGAAAUCAUUAACCACGAAGAUUUUGUUAGCGGGACGUACGAGAACGAUAUAGCCGUUGUAAAACUAACUCAACCCACCACCUUCAAUUCCUACAUUUGGCCCAUAUGCUUGCCUCCAAUCGAUUUGAAUUAUGAAAACGAAAAUGCAAUCGUAGCCGGGUGGGGCAAACAGUAUUUUGCUGGUCCCGAGUCAGAAGUUUUGCUUCAAAUCACCGUACCAAUUUGGGAAUUAAGUAAAUGCUCCCAAAGCUUCUUACAGCGCAUUACUGACUCCAACAUCUGUGCUGGAGCUUAUGAGGGCGGUAAAGAUUCAUGUCAGGGCGAUUCUGGUGGGCCUCUGAUGUACCAGCUUGAAAAUGGACGUUGGGUAGCAAUUGGGGUUGUUUCCUGGGGUAUAGGCUGUGGAGAUAAAGGCAACCCUGGAAUAUACACUAGGGUCGACAAAUUUAUACCUUGGAUAAUUAAAAAUACCAUCGCUAAAGAAUAAUUCCAAUUUUAUUUCACUUUUUUGCAUUUGCUUUUUUGCCUAAUUUUUUUUUGAUAUUGUGUUAAAUAAGGCUACUCUAUCGCUGUUUUUUUGGAUUGUAUUUGGUUACACGUUAAAGUAGGGAAACGAGAAUACACCUCAAUAGAAUAUGCUUCGUUCUUCUGUUGUCAGCUCGCUGUAUUAUUAAACAAGUGAAAAUAGAGCAUGACCUAAUACAGAAAUAAUAUAAGUCAUACACAAUUAUACACCGUCCUUUGAAAUUAUUUUUUAGUGUUUAUUAAAUAAAAAUUAAAAAAAAUUUAUUUAAAAAGUAUUUUUAAAUAAAAAGGCAUUUCAUUUUUAUCGAUCCAUAUAUUUUGAUAUUUCAUAAUCUUGUAACAUUCAUAAAGUCGGCACAUAGAAUAUAAAACCAGGUUGGUUCCUUUGAUGUAUUAUUAUUCAUUAUUCAUUAAGCAUGGUAAAGUGAUCAUAGUAGAUGUUGAUAAGCUAAGCUGUUACAAUUAAUUUGGGACCUUUUUUUAUAUAAAAAUUACACAAGUCUACCAUAAUAUUAAAAAUAUUUCUUUGUAUUAAACUCUAUACGUUUCAUUCCCUAUUUAAGAAUAAUUAUCACCAGCUUCAUGAUUUUUGGUGUAUUUUGGUGGAUUUAUGUAAUUUUAUUGAGCUUUAUGUAAUUUCCUUAAAACGUUUAUUUAUAAAUUAUAUGCCACUAAAACUACAAAGCGAUAUAAUCUGAUUUUUAAAAGAUAUAUGUUUUCUUAAACGUGUGAUGUCUUAUACCUAACAAUAUUAUAUAUUUUCUUAUUUACAACAAAGAUUAAUAUAAUUGAACUUUUAAAAUAUAUGAAAACUUAAUAUAAAUUAUGUGGAAAAAUAUAUAUAACGGAAUUUAUUAUAUACAUAGAACGACAAACUGAAUAAAAUCUCUUCAAUACCAACAUUAUAUAAAAUCUCAAUAGUACAACGUCAAAUAAAUAAAUAUAUGUAUUUGUAUAUAUGUAUAAUAUAAUUACCAUAAUAGUCUACCUAUUCAUAAAUUACUAUCAUAUAUACUUAGGGAUUUUUCACGAAUAAAUACCUAUCAUAAAUAUAUCCGAUUUUGUAAUUUUUCUUGUAAUCUAAUAUUGUUUUGUACCCUGAUAGCCCGUCACUUUUAUAGUUAUAAAAUACCUUGUAUAUAUUUAUAGUAAUUAAGAUAAUAUAAAAUACCAUUAAAAAGAAACGAAUCAAGACUUUUUCAAAUUGUAUCCCUUUAAGAUACUUUUAUCCUUAGUCCUAGAUCCUUAGACUAAGUUAAACCUACUGCCUAUAACGUUAGUUUGUAGGACUUUACCUAAACCUAAUGCUGGCCAGCCUUUUUUUUUAGAAUUGUACGCAUUAACCAAACAAUUUCAAUUUAUUGGUUCAAUAAUUGUAAAUAAAAAAGCACAUUUAACAGAUAACUUUCCAUGCAACACAUUUAGAAAUAGAAAAUACCAUUUUAUUUAACAUCGACAUGCUCGGUACAUCGAUAAGGGUCAUUUAACACUGAUGCGAUGAUUGAAGCGAAUGAAGUAAAGCGCCAAUCGUUAUUUGGGUUAUCAACAUUUAAAACAUCAAUGGAUCAAAUCAGUUUAUAGCUUUGAAUAAAAAGAUUAAGGAAGACAAAAAAGCCAAAUUGGCGUAUCUAAAUUCUUUGGCAAGUACUAUAUAAAACCAAAAAUGCAAGAGGAAAUAAGUUAUUUAUCAGUUAAGUUUAAAUGAAUUUUAUAAACGAUCGGUUUACUACACGUAUGUAUAUUAUAUCGUCACUUACUAGCGAAAAGUUGUUCCAUUAUUUCACUCAAUUUUUGCCGAGAUCUACCGCACGCUACACAACCAACUAUUUUAGUCUUUUUCGAUAAGUCGCAAUAGUAUCACUGUUAAUUUAAGUUCUGCCACAAUUUCCUUCUAGAUUUAAUACUUCUAAACAACUACCAGAUGUAGAACAAAUAAUAAACAACAUAAAAUAAGCUCAGUAGACUGACAAAACCAUACAAUUUCAAAUCAAAUUCAAAUGUGUCAAAUGAAUCGUCAAACAGAACUGUCAAAGAUCCUCACCUCGGUUUACCUUGCAUUAAUAUAUGGAUAACAUUAUACGUCUUCCUUACACUUUUUAUUCAAAGGUUUAUGGAAGCCAAUACAACAAAACACUAAAGAAUAGGUCAGAGAUAUGGAGGAAGGGAGACUGAGCUUCGACGAGUGCGCAUUCAAAAUCCUUAAAUUUCUGCGCACAUUCAUGCUUAUUUUCCCGACCUCAGUACCUCUGGAAUAAGUAGAUAAGUCGUGUUUGACAUAUCCACCAAUCAUGUCUUAUAAAUAACCAUCUUCACAGAUAAUGCUGCUUAGUUUUUAAAUUGAAACAAAUAUGUUUUUUUUUUUUGGAAAUAGAACACUGAAAUAAGCGUUUGUUUCGAAAUAC